UGAGGAAUAAACACUCAAACAUCCGGUUGAGUCACGUGUUUUUCCUGCACGAUUAAACAAGAAACGUGCUAACAAUGUCCGCAAUGUGACGAUCUCUACUAGAAAGUAUGCUGGUGGACAUAAUUAGUGAAUUAAAAAAAAAAAUUAAAAAAAAAUUGCAAUUUAGGCUCCACCUUUUCUAGCAGUCCGGUGACCUCACGGAUGGGCUGGAUUGGAAGGGUGGGAUUUCCAGGCUUCCACACAGCAGAGAAGCUCUUCUCUUGCACGGAUUGGACUCCAAACAUUUUUGCUUCCAAAAAGCCACAUCGGAUAUUCUUUUUUUUUUUUUUUUUCCCUCCAUGCAAUUCCAAAGCGGGAUAAACAAUUGAGGAAUGUGGACAUUACAGAAUGCCCACCAGCGCCGGAAAGAGAUUUAAACCCAGCAAAUACAUCCCCGUGUCCACGGCCGCCACACUCCUGGUGGGAUCGACCACUUUGUUUUUCGUUUUCACGUGUCCCUGGUUGACCAAGGUGAUCUCCCCCCUUGUGCCCCUCUACAAUGGCCUGGUCUUCCUCUUUGUCUUGGCCAACUUCAGCAUGGCCACCUUCAUGGACCCCGGCGUUUACCCCAGAGCGGACGAGGAUGAAGAUAAGGACGACGACUUCCGAGCACCCCUCUACAAGAACGUGGAGGUCAAGGGCAUCCAGGUGCGCAUGAAGUGGUGCGCCACCUGUCACUUCUACAGGCCGCCCAGGUGCUCGCAUUGCAGCGUCUGUGACAACUGUGUGGAGGACUUUGAUCAUCACUGUCCUUGGGUGAACAACUGCAUCGGACGAAGAAACUAUCGCUACUUCUUCCUCUUCCUGUUGUCUUUGAGCAUCCACAUGAUGGGAGUCUUCACCUUCGGCCUUAUUUUCGUCCUGCACCACAGGGAGAGGCUGGCCGUUCUGCACACGACCGUCACACUGGUGGUGAUGUGCAUCUCUGGGCUUUUCUUCAUUCCCGUCAUGGGGCUCACAGGUUUCCACAUGGUGCUUGUGGCUCGAGGUCGAACCACCAAUGAGCAAGUUACGGGCAAGUUUCGUGGAGGAGUAAAUCCUUUCACGAAAGGUUGCUGUGGCAACGUGGAGUUUGUCUUAUGUAGUCCUCUGGCGCCGAGGUACACGUUGGACCCCCGGAAGAAGCCCAACAUUAAAAUCCAACCCCCGUUCAUCAGACCAGAACUCUCAGACAGGAAAAUCAUCAUCAAGAUCAACGACAACGGCAUCCACAGCACCAUCAUCAACUCCAAGUCCAAAACCAGCAUAGACGGUCUGGACGACAAAGAGAGUCAGCCACCACUGCCGCCAAAAGCUGACAGGUACAACCAGUUGAAGAACCACCUGACCUCCAGUGAGGAAAGUUCCGUGUCUGCAAAGACUCAUCCCUCCACUCCCGCCAUGUACAAGUUCCGACCGUCCUUUGGCACGGUUCCAAAGGUGCACUACCACGCAGCGGGAGACAAGAUCGUCUUGCCGGACGACCAGAAGAGCUCCGGCAUCCUGGAAGAGAACAUCCGUGGUCACGACUUCCGCUCGGAGCCCAACUUGGAUCUCCCGGAGUACGCCAACGCUCCUCUCCACCGCACCUUCAAGUCCUCGCCCUUCCAGCUGGACGCCGACCCGGUCACCCCCAGGACGGUGAGCGUGAAGCAGGCCGCCCAUCGCUCAGAGAAGGGCCAACUCGUGGUGGGUCUGCAGCCUCACCCCGCGGCCUCGGCGCCGUACCAGGGCGUCUUCUCUCCCAACACGCUCUCCAAUCGCAACGGCAGCUUGUCCUACGACAGCCUGCUCAACCCCGGCACGACUCCGCCCACCGCCAGCGAGUGCUUGGCUCACCGGGGCGGGCCGCCGACGGGCUUCCACUCCCCGUACCUGCCCGCCAAGAUGUGCCACGCUCGGGAGCCUGAGAUGCAGCGGCAGCAGGUGGCCGCCUCCUACAGUCCGGCCAUGUCGUGCAGGGGGCUGGGCCGGCAGUCCCCUCACCUCCACGACCGGGAGCCGUCCCCGGUGCGCUACGACAACCUCUCCCAGACCAUCAUGGCCUCCAUCCAGGAGCGCAAGGAGCGGGAGGAGCGGGAGAAGCGCCACAUGCUGCAUGGACACUCCCACACGCACAUCUACGCCCAGGACUCCGGGGGAUUUGAGGGCGGCUCGGGCGGAUACCCCUGCUACGACGGUCCCCGCUGCGCCGGCUCCCGGGGCCCGACCCCUCCGGCCUACGGCAGCUCCAGAGACAACCUGAUGGGGGUCGGGCUGAGCUACGGCCAGAGAACGCCGGUGCUCCGCCAGGCCGGGUCCACCUUAGGCCGCGCCCCCAGGACUUCCUCCGGCUCCUUGCACACGGAUCCCAGCAGCACCAACAACAACAACCACGGGAGGGUCCAGGAGGGGCCCUACCGCUCCCCGGCCCACCACCCCCACUCCCCCGCCAUGUCCCGAUCGCCCUCCUACUCCCACCAGAAACUCUCAUACGUGAGCGCCCAGGAGAGGAUGGACUCGCCUCGUCUGGGAGGGCCGAGAGAGUCCGUGAAAGUGAACGGCUACGUGGAUUUCCACCCGAGCGACACCGUCAGUCCCAGUCGCCACGGCAACGUGAAGAAAGUGACUGGCGUCGGCGGCACCACCUACGAGAUUUCAGUGUGAGCGAGGGACAACCCGAUGGGGAGUUAACACGACCAAUCGGAGGCGCUGUUUGUCGCCGUUACUCAUAGGCUCCUUGUACGUGUAAAUUGGAUCUUUUUGUCAGCCGAUUCUCUUUGCCAUGUGCACAAAUAAGGAACACAAUUCCAGUAAAUUCCGACCCUUACGAGUAUGUCGAGUCCUCCUCUACUUGGCCUCAAGACGCAACGUCUCCAUCAGUGUCUUUUGGAACCACCAGAAUACCUCACACUUGGCACCGUUUCAUCGUCUAAUUGAAUGGCAAUUUGUUGUCCGCUUCGGCGUUUGGGUAGAAUUCCAGGACGGGGAACAAUUUAUCGACGCGAGAUAUUAUCGAUGUAUUAACAUUUUUUUAAUAUGUUUGCAGAUAUACCCAACGUACUGUAUUGUAUGCCUGCCAUGUUUACGUUUUGUAAUCACUUAUAAAAAAUUCAGCAAAUGAAGAGAAGGGCUCCCACCAGAAUAAAAUACACGACAGGUAAA